AUGCAUCAUUCUCCCUUCAUUUAUUUUUCUUCUCCGCUCUUAAGUUUUUCUUUCUUUUUUCCCACUCUAAAUUUUUCUGCUUUUUUUUUUCUUUCUUCCCUGCUCUUAAUUUUUAUCCUUUUUUCUUCUCCGCUGUUAAUUUUGCCCUUUUUUUUUAAUCUCCACUAUAAAAUUUUCUCCUUUUUUUCUUCCCCGUUUUUAAUUUUUCUGCUUUUUUUUUCUUCUAAUCUUCUUUUGUUUGCUGAUACUUUUUUCUCAUAUAAACUCCCUUCUUCUUCUUCUUCUUCUUCUUCUUCUUCUUCUUCUUCUUCUUCUUCUUCUUCUUCUUCCUCUUCUUCUUCUUCUUUCCACCCUUUUCUCUUUAUCUUCCCAAUCAUCUUCUUUCCUUAUUCUUCUCUCUUUUUGGUUGUAGUCAAUUUCUUGGAUCUCUUAUUGUUUCUGACUUUACCAUUAAACAUAAUUCUUCUUAUUCAUCAUCGUUCUUUUUUUUCACUUGUCUCUUCGAGUGGUUUCUCUUUUUCGUUCACUUCUUCGCGUUAUUACUCUCUCUUUAUCUUCUUCGUCGUUUCAUGUGCCCUCUCUUCUUUAUCCAUUUUUGUAUUCUCACUUCUUCAUCAUUUCUUUUACUCUUUCUUCUUUGUCCUUUCUUGUGUCCUCUCUUCUUUUUUCCUUUCUCGUACUCUCCCCUUUUUGAUCUUUUUUGUACUCACUCUUCUUUGUCCUUUCUUGUACCUCCCUUAUUUGUUCUUUCUUGUACCCACUCUUUAUCCUUUCUUAUACCCUCCCUUCUCUGACCUUUCUUGUACCUCCAUUCUUUGUCCUUUCUUACACCCUCUCUUCUUUAUCGUUUCUUUUACCGUUUCUUCUUUGUCCUUUCUUGUGUCCUCCCUUCUUUUUCCUUUCUCGUGCCCUCCCUUCUCUGACCUUUCUUGUAAUCUCCCUUCUUUGUCCUUUCUUGUACCCUCUCUAUCUUUUCUUAUAGCCUUCCUUCUUUGUCCUUCCUUGUACUCUACUUUCUUUGUCCUUUCUUGUACUCUCUCUUCUUUACCUUUUUUCAAUACGUUUCAUUUUCUUCACCUUUUCUUCCUUUCUUCUGUCAUUAACUUCUCGCUUUGA